AAACAAAUAGAGUGGAAUCGAAUGUAACCAACUACUUUAUCUCUCAUCUGGUUUUGGGGUUAGGUCUUUCUACUCAAAACAAAACUUCAAUUUCUGUUUCAGUUCGCGGAGAUCGAUAUUUAUCGGGUCUCGCAAUAGAGGUCAUUCGUAGAUAGAAAAAGCAAUGUUUUUGGUCGAUUGGUUUUAUGGGAUUCUAGCGUCGCUUGGGCUAUGGCAGAAGGAGGCCAAGAUCUUAUUCCUGGGUCUCGAUAACGCUGGCAAAACCACCCUGCUCCACAUGCUCAAAGAUGAGAGAUUAGUCCAGCAUCAGCCUACCCAGUAUCCUACGUCAGAGGAGUUGAGUAUUGGAAAGAUCAAGUUCAAAGCUUUUGAUCUAGGGGGUCAUCAGAUUGCUCGAAGAGUGUGGAAAGAUUACUAUGCCCAGGUAGAUGCAGUGGUGUACUUGGUUGAUGCUUAUGACAAGGAAAGAUUUGCUGAGUCAAAAAAAGAGCUGGAUGCUCUACUCUCUGAUGAAUCUUUAGCCAAUGUCCCUUUCCUUGUCCUUGGGAACAAAAUUGAUAUUCCAUAUGCUGCUUCAGAAGAAGAGCUGCGUUACCAUUUGGGCCUGACUAACUUCACCACAGGCAAAGGUAAGGUAAAUUUGGCCGACUCAAAUGUCCGUGCCAUGGAGGUGUUCAUGUGCAGUAUUGUGAAGAAAAUGGGUUAUGGGGAAGGUUUCAAAUGGCUUUCUCAGUACAUCAAAUAGUCCAUUACCGAGAGAUGGUUUGGUAUCUCAUUUCUAGAAGUUUGUUUCUGUAGUUAUGAUUUGGAGGUGUUGAUGGUACGAAAUUGCAGUAUAUUUCAAUUUUAUUUAAAUAUAAAAUGACUGAACCUUUCCCCCACUUCCAUUCUCCGUUAUGAGCUGAUAAAUUUUCAGAUAAUCUGUGGUGAUUGAUGAAUUUGGUCCAUGAUUUUUA